AUGGCGCCUGCUACGGGAGCAGGACAAACGGCGCCGAGCGACGCGCCACAUGCAUACGUGGACCAGCAAACAUCCUACGAUGCCGGCGCGGACGCGGGUGCCGCUGGCAGCGCCCAGGAGGGCGACGCGACGGGCGCGAACAGCGCGCAGAACGCGGGUAUUGAGAAGGAUGUCGGCACGAUACUCGCGGGCCUGAACCAGGAGCAGCUCGCCAGCAUCGUCGCUGCUGCGCGCGCGUCGGGCUCCGAGGACCCGCAGUACUCGGGCACGGAAGACUUUGACUCGUCCAACGCGCUCGCGCACCUGCCCCACAGCCUCGGCCAGGCGGCCUCGACCCUCACCUCGUUCGCCUCGUCAUUCAAGCGCUCGAACGCGCCGGUGAUCAGCCCGGACGAGGAGAUGGCCGGCAGCGGCCUCUCAGACUCGACCGGCCACCUCGGCGACGCGCCGCCGCCCCCGGGCAUGGAGCACGACAUGUCGCAGCAACACCACGCACACUCGCGCCACGUCGGCCACGGCCAGGGCGAGCACAAGGCGCACUCGGUCACGCACGACCCGGCGUCGACCGCCGCGGCCCUCGCCGCGAUGGGCACGCUCGCCGGCCGCCAGCUGCAGCAGCACGGCCAGGCGCACGGUCUCGACGCGGGCCGCGACGGCUCGCUGGGCGACGGGCUCGACGCCAAGUUUGUCGGCGACCAUUCGCUGGGUGGCGCACGCUACAAGCGCAAGGGGCCCGAGCUCGACCGCCAGCGCAAGGACAACCACAAGGAGGUCGAGCGCCGCCGCCGCUCGGCGAUCAACGACGGCAUUGUGCAGCUCUCGCAGAUUGUCCCGGGCUGCGACGUGAAGAACACCAACAAGGGCUCGAUUAUCGUGGCCGCCGUGCGAUACAUCCAGGACUUGAAGAACAACGAGGCGAGCAACAUUGAAAAGUGGACGCUCGAGAAGCUCCUCAUGGACCAGGCUAUGAACGACCUCAGCAUCUCGCUCGACGAGAGCCGCCGCGAGGUCGAGCGCCUCCGCGCGCAGCUGGGUAUGGCCGAGGCGAACGCCUCGGGCAGCGCAGAGAAGCACACGGCUGGCCCCUACGGCGACCAGCGUUUCCAGGCCCCGCAGUCCUACCACGCCGAGGACGGGGCCAGCGGCGAACAAGACUUGGCCGUGUCCCUCGACCAGGGGCACCACGAUGCAUCCCUCGACCCUUUUGCGCCCAAGGACCGCACGGGCGCGUCGCUGGACCACGCGAGCAACGUGCGCGUGUAA